AGAAUCAAUUAUACAUUCGAUCAAUCAACAUGCGGUACUGUUGCAUGCCACCCCAGUGAUCGGGUUCCAUCUCUGGCAUUACAUUAAAAACAUUAUUAAUACUCCUGGGACACUCAUUAUUGGCGGACAGAUGUAGGAGCCACGUACAUAUGCUGGCCUUAUAAUUAAUGCCGCUGGAAGAGUUUCCGGAAUCGGGCUUUCGUUGGCUUUGAGUUACGCGACCUUGCCAGUGCUCGCACCUAUUUCAAUCGUGGCUAUGGCGUUGCUGGACCUGUGAACUUUCAGGGAGUCACUCACUCACUCAUCGCUCCAGCUUCUCUCAGGUCCUGUCUGAGAGCUCUGCAGCGACGUGAGUUGCUGCGCGGAGGUUCCAGUCCCUUCUCAGGCUUUUCCCAGCCCUGAUUGCGUCGAGUGUGCUCUGGAGUUUUUUCAAGAGUAAUUACGACAGAUCUGGCUACAUAGCUGGGGCUGUUUUCGGUUUUUUGGGCGAUUUUGAAUGCGCAAAGUGUCUGCUGCGAUUUGAGAGAGAAAUUUCGGGUGUUGGAUCUCGAUAGAACAUUGUUGGAGACGUAGAGUGGUGGGCAUCAUGAACGCGACCUUGAACCACCGCCGGGUGGACGUGACUUCGGAGAAUGAAAAAUACACUCCAAAGCCGCAAAAGCAAUGGUCGAUGUCGAACUCAGUGGAGUAUGUGCUUCGUGAGCAGCGGUUUGUGUUUGUGUUGGUAGGUGUGGCCAUCACCACCGCGUUCUUCCUAUUCUUACAGCCUGAGUUUGGGUCCGGGCAGAGGACGAUGGAUGUGUCCUCGUACACAGCUGUGCAGGCGUACAAUUUUGACGAAUCUUACCAGACGACAAGAACAUUUGAGACAGCACCCUAUAAGUCCCACCGCUCUGCGAUUGUGAGUCUGGGAGGGAAAAUCCCUCUGGGUUUGCCACGGAAGCCACUGCGAAUUGUGGUGACUGGCGGGGCAGGGUUUGUCGGUAGUCACUUGGUCGAUAGAUUGAUCGAGCGUGGCGACAGUGUCAUAGUAGUAGAUAAUUUUUUCACGGGGAGGAAAGAGAACGUGCAGCAUCACUUCGGGAAUCCGCGGUUCGAGCUGAUCCGGCAUGAUGUGGUCGAACCCCUGUUGCUGGAGGUGGACCAGAUUUACCAUCUGGCAUGUCCGGCGUCGCCCGUGCAUUACAAAUUCAAUCCAAUCAAGACUAUCAAGACCAACGUGGUGGGAACCUUGAACAUGCUUGGAUUGGCGAAGCGCAUCGGAGCACGGUUCUUGCUGACCAGUACUAGUGAGGUUUAUGGUGAUCCUUUGGAACAUCCUCAGAAAGAGACGUAUUGGGGAAAUGUAAACCCAAUCGGUGUUCGGAGUUGUUACGAUGAAGGAAAACGAACUGCUGAGACUCUGGCUAUGGAUUACCACAGAGGCGCAGAUGUGCAGGUUCGCAUUGCUCGUAUUUUUAACACUUAUGGACCAAGGAUGUGCAUCGAUGAUGGCAGGGUUGUUAGUAACUUCGUUGCUCAGGCCCUACGAAAAGAGCCUAUGACUGUAUAUGGUGACGGAAAGCAAACAAGAAGUUUCCAGUUUGUUUCAGAUCUGGUGGAGGGCCUCAUGAAGUUGAUGGAAGGUGAACAUGUUGGGCCUUUCAAUUUGGGAAAUCCUGGCGAAUUCACCAUGCUUGAACUCGCACAGGUGGUUAAGGAUGUGAUCGACCCUACCGCGACGAUUGAAUACAAAGAGAACACAUCCGAUGACCCACACAAGCGCAAGCCUGAUAUCUCCAAGGCCAAGGAGUUGCUGGGUUGGGAGCCAAAGAUUUCUUUGAGAAAGGGGCUUCCGAUGAUGGUAGAAGACUUCCGCAAACGUAUUUUUGGCGACCAUAAGGAUAAGGGGUCGGUUUAACAUGUAGAAUUAAUCCCGCACGUCAAAUUAUGACAUCAGAUAUGAUUUUGCCUGAGUUGAUUGAGGUGAUCGAAAGCUACCCCUAAGCGACUUAGAACUAGGUCACAUUCAUUACCUAGCCUCAUUUACUAGGUAUUGUGCAACUGGUCACCCAUCAAGCAUUUCACAUGAAGGGUUGAUUCGAAGAUUAUUUUACUAGCAAAUAGUUUUCUAAUUUCAAAAACGGCUAGUGUGUGUUGCAUUUAUGUUAGUAUUGAGUCAUUGAACUCAUUGAAUCCCGUAAGGUGAGUAUUGCGAAUACUCUAUUUCUGAGGUUUCCGAAGAAUAGACACGUUUAAUUUUUCUAUUCUGUUUUUGAUGAUACAGCCUUGACAAAGGGUUGAAGAGUA